AUGGAUUCUUCAUCUUACUCAUAUUCACAAUAUCAUCAUCUUGGUUUCAAUGAGAAUGACACUGAGGACAUGCUUCUUCUUAAUGUUCUAUCUGAAGCCAGAGAAGAUUCAUCAUCUAAUAAUAUUCAUGUGAAUCAUGAAGAAACUAAUGAAAGAUCGCGAAAAGAGGUGGCUACUAGUUAUAGAGGUGUAAGAAGGAGGCCAUGGGGGAAAUACGCGGCUGAAAUAAGGGAUUCAACUAGAAAUAGUGUUAGGGUUUGGUUAGGAACAUUUGACACUGCUGAAGAAGCUGCAUUGGCUUAUGACCAAGCUGCAUACGCGUUGCAUGGGACAAUGGCGGUGCUAAAUUAUCCAGUGGAGAUGGUGUAUCGAUCGUUGAUGGAGAUGGAUUGUAGAUUUGAAGAAGGAUGUUCACCUGUUUUGGCUUUGAAGAAAUGGCAUUCUAUGAUGAAAAAGGGUAAUAAUAAGAGUAAUAGUAAAAAGAAGGAAGAAAAAGAAAUGAGUUGUGAAAAUGUGUUGGUUUUAGAGGAUUUAGGUCCUGAUUAUUUAGAGGAAAUUUUGAUGUUGUCUGAAGGAAGUUCUGAUCCUUCAAUGUAGAUUCGCGCUAGGAAGUUCCACGUUGGGGGUAAAACUCUCUGUAAUAAAGGUGACUUUGUACCUAGGAAGACUCGAACUCGAGACCUCUACUCAAGGAUGAAAGAGUACUUAUCACUCCACCACAAUCCUUA